GAAAAUAUAUAAAUAAAAGAAAAAAGGCAAAAGUUGUCAAAAUAUUACAUUCUUCAGUAAUUCCAGAAUUUCGUUCUUCAUUUUUUGAGAAUGGAAAACAAUGAACAAAAGCUUACAAACUUCGGAAUUCAUCGACCAAAGGAAACUUCUUCAGGACAAGCGUUGAGUGAAUUCCUUCCGCAGUUAGAAACAUACACUCCUGUUAUUCCUGAUGCUGUUGCCAGCUACUACAUGAACGCGUCUGGACUUAAUUGCUCUGAUCCAAGAAUUGUUCGCUUGAUCUCUAUUGCUGCACAGAAAUUCAUAUCAGAUGUUGCUAAUGAUGCUUUACAGCAUUGUAAGACUCGAUCAUCAGCUACACAAGGCAACAACAAAAUACAGAAAGACAAAGAUGGGAAACCAAUCAAAGAUAAGAAGUUUACCUUAACUGUUGAAGAUCUUGCACCAGCAUUGAAUGAAAAUUACGGCAUUACAGUCCGUAAAGCUCAUUACUUUGUUUAAUUUAAAUCUUAGAAGAGAACCAUUCAAAUAUUUAUAUUUCACUGAAAGUAAAGAAAAAUAAAAUAUUUAACUUCAGAAAUUAU